AUGCCAGAAUCUCCUCAGCUGCACGUAAUCAUCGUCGGCGCCGGCCUCGCGGGCCUUACCGCCGCGCUCAUCCUCGCACCACAUCACCGCGUGACCGUCUACGAGCGUGGUGGGCCCGACGUCGCCACUGGUGGACAGGGCAUCAUCGUUGCGCCCAACGGGGUCAAGAUCCUGCAGGGCAUAGGCUUCGAGCCUGCAAGGGCAGGCGCUGUGCCUAUUCGUGGUAUCAGGACGUACGGCAGGGAUGGGGUGUUGCUGGAGGAUGUGGACAUGGAUUUGAAGCAGCGCUUUGGGGCGGAUAGCUGGGCGAUAAAGCGGGGGGACUUUAGGGGCGUGUUGGGCCAGAUGGUUGCUGAGGCUGCGAAAGGGGAGGGGAUGGUGGAAAUUGUGUAUGGAAGUGGUGUAGUGGGGGUAGAGUGUGAUCGGGGGGUGGUGGAAUUGGAAGGGGGCGAGAAGGUGAAAGGAGACGUCGUGAUCGUGGCAGAUGGAGUGCAUUCUCGUCUCCGCAACACGAUUUUGAAAUCCAACGAGUACAAAGCGAAGAAAACCGGUCUCACCUGCUACCGCAUCGCCGUCUCAACAGAGGAUGCCAGCGUGGCGCUGGGCGAUCUGCCGCCGCCGCACUGGUGGGAUCCGAGCAAUAGCCAGAACAACUCGGCGCUGAUCUUCGCGGACGAUGGCAGUCCGCGAUUCAUCACGGCGUACCCCAUCCGGAAUGCAGAGAUGUUCAACUUGUCUUGCAUUUUGCGAACGGACGAGUCGACAAAGACCACGGCUGAGUCGUGGCAUGCGGACGGGGACCGGAACGAGAUGAUAGAAACCUUCUCCGAUUUUGGGGAGCAGGUGAAGCGAAUCCUCAGCGCCGCCACGGAGGUGAAAGUGUGGGAGCUGCAAGACCUUGAGCCGCUACCAACAUGGACCAGCGGCCGAGUGAUGCUCAUCGGAGAUGCGGCUCACGCGAUGUCGCCGCUGCAGGGCCAAGGUGCCAACAUGAGUAUUGAAGACGCGGAGAGUCUUCGUCUUCUGACCCCUGACACGCGCCCUGAAGACGUGCUCGAGCUGUUGAAGCUUGCAGAGAGUGUGAGGAGGCCACGCACCGCCCAGGUGCUUGCUCAGACAAGGGCUUCGCAUAGCAAAUUCGCGACAGUGGGCGAGAGGCUGACGGCGAACCUCGACUUCAACUGUGGGUACGAUGGGAUCCACGAUGCUCUUGCUCGACAGAAGGCGGCGGCGAAGUGA